CAUGUGUCGGAGCUGCUGGCGCUGCGGCAUAGCGAGGCUCUCUCCUCACCGUCACCCGGAGCGGCGACUCUGUCUCGCCGUGUCACCAGGACAGCCUGUUACACACACAUCCACGUCCUCUCAGGCACCUGCAGAAGCAGCCUCCCCGGGGUCCUGACGCUGCCAGCAACGUCCCGCCCCUUCCUGCUGCCACUGCUGGGCCCGGGGCUGCUGCUCUCGCUGUCAUUGCUGAAGGACCCGCAACAUGCUCCAGGGACGGCUCCUCGGCCGCCUGCUCCUGCAACAGACUGGAGUAAGACACAGCUCCUACACAGCCUCCCGGAAACACUUGUACAUUAAUAAAGAUACUAAAGUCAUAUGCCAAGGGUUCACUGGAAAGCAGGGCACCUUUCAUAGCCAGCAGUCUUUGGAGUAUGGCACAAAGUUAGUUGGGGGUGUGUCACCUGGCAAAGGCGGCAGCACCCACCUCGGCUUACCAGUUUUCAACAGUGUGGCAGAGGCCAAGGCAGCGACCGGCGCCACCGCCUCCGUUAUAUAUGUGCCUCCCCCGUUUGCUGCUGCGGCAAUUCAUGAAGCUAUUGACGCCGAGGUGCCUCUUGUAGUAUGUAUCACCGAAGGAAUCCCCCAACAGGACAUGGUACGGGUCAAACACCGUCUUCUCCGGCAGCCCAUUACUCGGCUCAUCGGCCCUAAUUGUCCCGGAGUCAUCAAUCCUGGAGAAUGUAAAAUCGGAAUUAUGCCAGGCCACAUCCAUAAAAAAGGACGAAUUGGUAUCGUGUCAAGAUCAGGAACGCUGACCUACGAAGCUGUGCAUCAGACGACGCAGGUCGGGCUGGGACAGUCUCUGUGUAUCGGUAUUGGUGGCGACCCAUUCAACGGAACAAACUUUAUCGACUGCCUAGACGUCUUCUUGAACGACCCCAAGACAGAAGGCAUCAUACUGAUCGGCGAGAUUGGCGGCAGCGCAGAGGAAAAUGCAGCCAACUUCCUGAAAGAGAACAAUUCUGGUCCUAAUGCCAAGCCUGUGGUGUCCUUCAUCGCCGGCCUGACCGCCCCUCCAGGCAGAAGGAUGGGACAUGCUGGGGCAAUCAUUGCAGGUGGAAAAGGAGGAGCAAAAGAGAAAAUUGCAGCUUUGCAGAGAGCCGGUGUCGUCGUCAGUAUGUCUCCUGCCCAGCUGGGCAGCACCAUGCACAAGGAAUUUGAGAAGAGGAAAAUGCUGUAAGAAGGUGGAAGGGUAAUAUCCGCACAACGCACCUCCACCUCCAUGCAAUUCAUCCAGAUCCGUUAUUCAGCACCACGACCUUCUGCAGCUAGAACAGUUAUUUUGUGCUUCCCUUGCAUUCUGUCAGAGGAUAGGAUGGAUGGGUGCAUUAGAUUGUACAGCCUUCCCAAAUAAAUAUUUCCAUUUAUUUUGGAUCUUAAAA